AUGCCUCUUUCCGACGCCAGUUUUACGGUGUCCGAUUUUGAUCCUGAGCACGAAGCCCUCGCGUCCACUCGCGAGUUUGGCAGUCCACAACUUCCCAACAUGAAAUACCACGACGAAGAACCCGACUUCGCCAUCAACACAUCCACUCUCGACCGCGCCUUUCCCGACUUCUCUCAGCUCCCCACUUCCGAGGAAGAAGACGCUUUUGACGGAGAAGUUAGCGGAGGCGUAAAUGCAGGCGUCAUGUCCGAUUCGGAAGGUGAAUUGUCCUUGGAGCUCGGCCGCGGCCUGGCUAAAUCGUCUCGUCGUCUAGACGACUCUCGCGAUUCCGUCAUGAGCUUCCAGAAUAGCGUGCGGUCCUCCUCUCCUGCCGUGCGCGUCGAAUACCCAACCCCCCAGAAACAACAACCCGCCCGCUCGACGCGACGCGCUGUCAGCGAAAAUCUCAGGAGAGAUGCCCAAUUAAGACGAGCCACUCAGGCUCAAAAGGAAAUCAUGAGCCCUCAAGUCUCCAGCAAAACUCGUGAGCAACGACGAACUUUCUCAGAUAUGCACGCCAAGGUGCGUGACAACUACGAUGGGUCUUUCUUGGGCGAUGAACGUCCUACUCCCGUGGACAUCAAGCCUCGAUCGACACGUUUCAACCAGGCCAACAACUCGCAAGAAAUUGCCGAAGCCGUUGAACGCGCUAGUCGUGAAGCCUACGCCAAGGAGCGCAAAGGCAGUGCGGCCGGCACACCACGUAAGAAUACCCCGACAUCAAACACCCUUAACCACAACAACACCAUGGGUGAUACCAUGACUCGCCAAUCCUUCCUCCUUCCCGACCUCCCUAAUAUCUCCGAGUUGGUUUCCGGUGUUUACGAAGAUGGUACCCCCGUUUUCUCUCGUCAACACAAAAUGCGGUCCACCCGUUUCGUCUCUCCUCCCCACGACGCGGCCGAUGUGUCUUUGACUCGUGAACACAUGCCCCUCGAUGCUGUCCCAAUUCCCGAAGACGAGAAGGCCCUCUUUGUUUCUCUCCGCCUCUUGCAAGACAAGGUCUCCGAGCUGGAGAUGUUCAAGUCCGAUGCCGAGAAGCGCAUCGAUAACUACCGCCAGGAGAAUGCUGCUCUCAAGGCAGGCAGGUCGCGCCAUUCCGACAAGCACCAGGUUGAUCAUGGAUUGUACAAGGGUAGCUCCAAGCGACUUGCCAGCGAGUACCAAAAACUCGAGGCAGCGAACAUUUCCCUGCAGAACCAGCUUGAUAUUGCGGACCGCAAGACCCAGGUCCAAGAAGCGGCCAUCAAACGCCUGAACCAGGACCGCGAGUCCGCUAUUUCGCAACUUGGUGUAGCUUACCUUGAAACACGCGAACUCAAGGCCGAAAACGACCAAUUGCGACAGGAAAACGCAGAGCUCAGGGGCCAGCUGCCGAGGAUCUCAAGCUACAAGACCCAGGAACAGGAAAUGCAAGAGACUGAUGCUAGCUUCAGCGCGUCGGAUGCCGAAGACAGCCAUAUUCAUACCGAACGCAGCGGUGAUAUGAGCCGCAGCACCAGAGAUAUCACCUCCAGGAGCACCAGAUCCAACAAACGCCAGGAAGAGUCGCGUGCGAAGGUUUCGACUCAAGUUGACAAGGAGAUUACUCGACUUGAGCAGGAACGCGCAGAGGAAGCCCUUUUCUCCCUGGACGUGCCCAACCAGAGACGUUCGUCCAAGGCCGCCCGGUCAGAACUUCCUCCCCAUUUCGACUCGAAGAGUGCCCGCAAACAACCCAACACGAGCAAGCAGCGUGUGAAGCGUGUUAUUAUGGAGGACAGGAGUGGACCUGUUGAGGCCACGGAGCAGACUAGGGCAUCCUCGGAUGCGGAUGACCUCACCUUGCUGAGUGUAAUUGAUACAAAUGAAAUCGCCCGUCUACGAAAGACUCUUGAGGAAGAGCGACUGUCUCGAAAGAACCGUCGUUCCAGUGUGCAGAAGGAUCUGACUGCCAACGAGACGAUGAAUUCGACACGACAGAGCAUUCUCAAAGCGCCGCUUCCCCGAAAAUCAUCCCUCAAGACAACACAGCCGGCCAUUCCCCGUCCUGCCUCCGCCAUCGGUGAUGUUACUGCUCGGUCUAUGGCCACCAGUGAGGGUGAUGCUAGCCUGGUCGUGCCCACUGCUGAUCGCCCGAGGCGGCACUCGGACCACUCUGUUGCGUCGAUGUCGCAGAAGAAGAAGCGUUCUCCGACGGAGGAUAUGACAUCUGCAUUCAUCCUUCCUGAUAUCACCUUGAGCCGUGCCGAGAUCGCCGCCAGCAACCCUUCAAAACUUCCACAGGCCACUCAGCGUGCCCUUGAUGACAUCGCCCAACAUGACGGGAAGAACUGCAUGGUUUGCAAAAACUCCCCGCCCCACGACGGGCCUUGCAACCAUGACUCCGUCAAGAUCUCCAAGCCAAUCCCUGUUUCUGAGCGUAUGCCGGACCCCACGCCAUACAACGAGGAUCCCACAAUGCGCCCCUCGCAACCUCCAUCUGUGGCUCUUGCUACCGUCCUCAAAGCCCUCGAAGACGAACUUUCGCAUCUCAAGAUGCAGCUUGUCAGCUACCAAAGCGCCUUCAACAAACUCGAUGCCUCCCUGGGCAAAAAGCAACGCAAGGCCCUUACCGAGAACAUCGAGAAGACCAUCAAAGACAUCGAUCUGAAGUCCGACCAGAUCUACGCGCUGUACGAUGUCCUUGAAGGACAACAUGGCAGAGGCGAUCUCACCGAGCAGGAGAUGGAGAUGACUCUCCAAUCUAUCGGUAUCGAUACCACUACUAAUACUCUGGACAAGGGUCAGGUAGAUGAAGAGUCCGAGGACGAUUUGCCAUGGGAAGGGAUUGAAAGUACAGCUGAGUUGACGGGGCGUACUUAA